UUAUUAUUGAAUAUUCUCCAAGAUAUAAACAAUUUGACUUUUCAAUGAAAAUGCCACUAUUGAAUAAUAAAUAGGAAAUUUCCGAGGAGUAGUACAACUAGAUGACAACUUGACAUGAUCUUCUUCUUACUUUUGUCUAUAUAACACUCCUGCGACUUUCUUCUCUUCAACAAACUUACAGAGAGACAAAUACCUAUAAUAAGCCAUUCAUAAUCUUCUUGCUUCUUGUUCAGAAUAAUGGGGAAUCUUUUCUGUUGCGUGCUUGUGAAGCAAUCAGAUGUUGCGGUCAAGGAGAGAUUUGGCAAAUUCCAAAAAGUACUUAAUCCAGGUCUCCAAUUUGUUCCAUGGGUCAUCGGUGAUUACGUCGCCGGUACACUGACCCUUCGUCUUCAGCAACUCGAUGUUCAGUGUGAAACCAAAACAAAGGACAAUGUGUUUGUGACAGUGGUUGCAUCCAUACAAUACAGAGUCUUAGCUGACAAGGCAAGUGAUGCUUUUUACAGACUCAGCAAUCCAACCACCCAAAUCAAAGCCUACGUCUUUGAUGUGAUCAGAGCAUGUGUUCCAAAGCUGAACUUGGACGAUGUGUUCGAGCAGAAGAAUGAAAUUGCCAAAUCUGUGGAAGAAGAGCUAGACAAAGCCAUGACUGCUUAUGGUUACGAAAUCCUUCAAACCCUAAUUAUCGACAUUGAGCCUGAUCAACAGGUUAAACGUGCCAUGAACGAAAUCAACGCCGCGGCGAGGAUGAGAGUGGCAGCGAGCGAAAAAGCAGAGGCUGAGAAAAUCAUUCAGAUCAAAAGAGCAGAGGGUGAAGCAGAGUCAAAGUACCUGUCGGGACUCGGAAUCGCUCGGCAGAGACAAGCGAUCGUGGACGGUCUGAGAGACAGUGUUCUAGGGUUCGCAGGAAACGUGCCAGGGACGUCAGCGAAGGAUGUGUUGGACAUGGUGAUGAUGACUCAGUACUUUGACACAAUGAGAGAUAUCGGAGCAACUUCUAAAUCCUCUGCGGUGUUUAUCCCUCACGGUCCAGGCGCCGUCUCUGACGUGGCAGCGCAGAUUCGAAAUGGAUUAUUACAGGCCAACAAUGCCUCCUAAUCACUCAAGUCAAAUUGUCUUGGUCGUCUCUUUAUAUAUUUUUGUAUCUUCUUAUUAAAAAGGUAAAUUUGACUUUUAAUAUAAUGGUGUGCUUAUUGUGAUUUGUCAUUAUGUUUGUACCUAUCUCUUUUGUGAGUUGUGUGAUAGAUAUACUUUGUAUUUUUUCUUAAAAGUCAAUAUAAAUUUCUGUUUGCGAGAGAAAAAUCGAAUCUUUGAAUAGUGAACUUUGUGGCGAUAAACUAAUAUAAUGAUUAAUGAAGAGAAUGUUGCGAUAUAGGACACUUUCAUAUAAUGAAGAGAAUGAACCUGAUCGAUAAACAUGUGGGCCUAAAAUGAAGCCCAUCUCAAUCAACUCUCUGGACACAGGUCCACUUACUCAACACACAGGCCCAUCUGAAUAUGCAAUUUUCAUUAUGACACGGCAAAUAAAAAGAGAAGCAGAAGAGGAGGAUCUUAAGAGUUUCAUCACCAUCUCAAGAUGAUCAUUUUCAACCUUUUUAUUCUUCUACAAAUCCGGCAGGAAAAUGGGAAAGAUCAGUAGUUGCCCACUCAAACCAUGAACCAAGCA